GGAUAGGAGUUGCUCAAUCAGGCUGAGGUGAGGGCAGAGCAAGAGGUUUUGGCGAUAUGCUAACUCUGUGGCCCUCCUUCCUUAAAUACAACACUGUUCUACUGCCUUGUGUUGGUUCACUGGUGCUCUCUUCCCUGAGGGACUGACUCUGGCCUCAGCUUCCAAGCCACAACACAUAAGACAAAUAUUCUGGACAAAGACAGAGUGUUUCCAGGACUUUCUGUUCCAAUUGCUGACCAGAAACCAUGGAGAACACUCUGAGAAAUGUUCUGAUGAAAAUCCUUGAGGAUCUUAUAGAAGAUGAGCUCAAGAAGUUUAAAUUCCAACUGGAAGAUCCUCCCUUGAAAGAGUUUGGGCCCAUGCCCCGGGGUCAGCUGCAUCCUGCCCAGCCUGUGGAUUUGGCGGAACUCAUGAUUGGGCACUAUGGGGAAAACUAUGCAGUAAAAGUGGCCAAGGCAGUUCUUGAAACCAUAAACCAUCGGGAUCUGGCUGAGAAGUUGGAGCGAGCCAUUGAAAAAGCUGAAAAUUCCCCCCAAACUGAAGAUUCUGGCCCACAUGACCAAGGACCAGAGAAUUACAGAAGAAACCCACAAAAGCCCACCCCGAUUUCAAAGCCUCUUGGAGAAGCAGCAAUCAGUGAUUAUAUAGACAUCUACAAAACACACAUAAGAGAAAAAUUGCAGGCCAUAGAUGCAGAAGAUGCUCCCUUCAGACCUGGUAAUAAGUACCUCCAGCUUCAAUUGGAACCUCUAAAUCAAUAUGAUUCAAGUAGCAUCAGUCUUGAAACUCUGUUUAAUUCUGCUGGAAACACAUCCAAUGUUCCUCAGACUGUUGUGCUACAGGGGGUUGCUGGCAUUGGAAAGUCAACCCUUGCUAGGAAGGUCCUUCAGGGCUGGGCAGCUGGCACUCUGUACCCUGACAGGUUUAACUAUGUCUUCUACAUUGGCUGCCAAGAAGCACGCUUUCUGAGGGAAAGCAGCAUGGAGCAGCUCAUCACUAUUUUGUGUGGGGAUAAUAAUGCUCCCAUUACUGACAUUCUCAAGCAACCACAGAAGCUCUUAUUUGUCUUGGAUGGCCUUGAUGAGCUACAGUUCCUUUCUGAUGAACAAUUCUAUCCUAGUGUCAAUGAAAAGGAAUCUGUGCAUGCUCUCUGGGGCAGUUUAAUCCAAAAGAAGUUGCUUCCACAGUCAACCCUGCUCAUCACGAUCAGGAUACCAGUUCUGGAGAAACUGGAGCCAUGGCUAAAGCAUUCACGCCAUGUCAAGGUACUAGGCUUCUCCCAGACCCAGAAGAAGGAGUAUUUUGACUUAUAUUUCACAAAUGGAGACUUGGGAAAGAAAGCCCUUGAUUUUGUGCUAAAAAACAAAGAACUCUCCAAUGAGUGCUGUGCCCCUCUCAUGUGCUGGAUCAUCUGUUCCUGGAUGAAGCAACGUCAGGACCAAGGCAAGUCUCCCACCAAGGCACUCAAGAACAGGACUGAUGUUUACAUGGCUUAUAUUUCCACUUUUCUGACAACUGAGAAAAGUUUAUCCAAGUCCACCCAGCAUGUUGCCCUGCGAGGCUUGUGCUUCUUGGCUGCAGAAGGCAUCCAGAGUCAGAAGGUCUUGUUUACAGAGGGAGACCUGAGGAGGCACAGUUUGGAUGGAAUGGACAUCUCCUCAAUCCUGAAUGUGAGUGGUGCCCAAGCAGGACUCAGUGGCACAAUGUUGUAUAGCUUCAGACAUCUUAGCUUCCAGGAGUUUUUUAAUGCCAUGUUCUACCUGCUAGAGGAGAAGAGUCUUCUGGGGAAAAGCCAAAAUGUGAAGGAACUGAUACAGAAACAGGAGGCAUCAGGGACUAUGCAGUUUCUUUAUGGCCUCCUAGAGAAAGAGAAUGAAAAGAAUUUGGAGUUAAAGUUUGACCUCCGAAUCUCAAUGCCACUAAGGAAGGAGGUAGAAACUUUGAAAAAGAAGAUGGAUAAAGUAAAAAACACUAUAGAUACCUUACGUAAAACCUGGGAAGAAAAACUGAACCCUAAUUCAUUUUCUGCCUCUUUGCGAGUGACCACCAAUACUUAAAAGUGCCCAUAGACUACCAGGAAUUCUAUCUCUCAGCUGCAGAUACAAAGUCAAAAGUACAAGAGAAGCAUCCUCAUUUCUCCUUUAUUCUAAAGGGUCUGGUCCCACCUCUUCCCUCAUCACCUAAAACAGAACCAACUUCUUUCUCUGCAAGUAGAACACUAUCCCUUAUUGCAUUUUCAAGUUCUAGACUACUCCAUCUCAUGUUUCAUCACCCUCUGUGUCCAACUGGUAGUCUAUUCCACUAGCACAUAAACCAUAAACACACAAGUAAGCAAACACAGUCAGACACAGACUUAGCUAUGAACAUAGACAUACAUAAACAUAGUCAUGCAAGAUAUAUCUUUAUCACUAUGUCUACGUCUAGUUCUAUCUCUAGCUCUAUAGAGUUGUUGUCAAGUCACAUCAGUUGUGUCUUAAUCUUCAUAAACCCAUUUGAAGUUUUCUUGGCAGAGAUACUGGAAUGGUUUGCAAUUUCCUUUCCUAAGUCAUUUUAUCAAUGAGGAAAGAAAUAAUAAACAUAAACAUUUGGGUACAUAAUCGCACAAACAUAAAAUAAGCAGAUCACACAAAGCUAGGAGACAUAGCUAAUUCAUUGGGUGACCAAAUUGGGAUCCCAAAAAAGAUCUCAACAGUUUAGGUGACUGGGCUAAAUACAAUUUUAAAAAUGUUGUGGGGGAACCUGGGUUCAAGUUUCAGAAGAAUAAAAUGGAAACAAGCAUGGCUAUAGAGGAAUUUAGAAGAAAUCUGGGCUUUUAUUGGACUAUAAGCUCAGUAUCAAACAACCAAUAUGUUUUGACAGUGAAAAAAAUGAUAAAUGUCCAGACUCAAUUGAAUGAGGCAUAGCUUUGAGGAGCAAAGAUUCAACAAUCUCACUUUACUCUCCAUUAGUCAGAUGACAUCUGCACCAAUGGAUCCAGUUCUGAGUCUACCAUUUAAGUAAGAUAUUUAAUAAAGUAGAGAGUGUUGAAAAGAUGGAAACUGGGAUGGGAAAAGACCUCCAAUCCAUGCUGUAUAAGGAAUGCUUUAAGGAACCAGAAAUAUUUAGUUUGGAGAGAAGCAUAGGGGAAAUAUGAUAGCUAUCUUCAAGUCCUUGAAAGACUAUUCUAAGGAAAAGGUAUUGAAUUUGCUCUUCUUAGUUUCAGAGGGCAGAACCAGAAACAAUUGGUAGAAGUAACAAAAAAAAAGAAAACAUAAGCUUAAUGUAAAGAAAAGCUUCCUGUUAUAUCUUUCCCAGCAUGGUUGCAAGAUAAGUAAGUUUUCUUCAUUGGAAGUCUUUUAGGAAUAUCUUGAUGGCAAUUGUGAGAUGUGUUGUGGUGGUUGUUCAGGUCCAGUUUGGACUAGAUAAAAUCCCUUUCAUUUUGGAACCUCUGUGAUUUUGUAUGCUGAACAUUUAAUACAUAGGUAGAAAAGCACAUUCACAAAUAUUUUCACAGAGGCACAAAGACAGAACUAUGCAAACACAGAGACAUAGAUAUUCACAGCCAUAUAUGCAUCUAGAUACCCAAGGACCUACAGGAUCUCUGACAACUUUCUCUUAUCUCCCAAAUAAGACCCUGUU